CUCCCCCCUCCCCUCAGGAUCUGUGUAGGACCGGCCACUCGAGCCGCCGCCCUCCCCCUCCCCCCCCGCAUUACCAUGUCCAGUGAUGCGACCGCAGCCUCCAAAUCCCGGAGAGACACACUGCGGUCCCUUGUCGCCGGAGCCGGGUCCGGCUUGAUUGCCGCGCUGGCCACCUGUCCGCUGGAUGUGGUGAAAACUCGCCUGCAGUUGCAGUCUUCAUCGUCCGUGGCCCCGGAGAAGCGCUACCGCGGUCCAUUCGAUGCGUUGGUGCGGAUUUCCCGCCAGGAGGGCGUCCGUGGACUCUACCGCGGCUUGUCGCCCACCCUGGCCGGUUAUAUCCCCAACUGGGCCAUUUACUUCACAAUCUACGAGACAGUCAAGUCUCUGUGCGACCGGCACGCCCUUUUCUCCUCCACAGAGAGCGGUGGCUCAACCACCCCGUGGGCCAACCGCCAGAUUGCCGUGAACGUCCUGUCGGCCGUGGUUGCUGGCGGCAUGACUGCCACCGCCACCAAUCCUAUCUGGGUGAUCAAAACGCGAAUGAUGACGAGUGCCCUUUUGCCUCCGACCUCCCAAUCCCGGGCAGCCGCCGGGCGUGCGAUUGCAUGCGAUCCAAAUACCGCCUAUGCCUCGAUCUCAUCCACCGCCCAGUCUAUAUUCCGCAGCGAGGGCUUCUCCGGGUUCUACCGUGGCCUACCAGCCUCCUUCCUGGGCCUCACCCACGUUGCUGUGCACUUCCCCCUCUAUGAGUAUCUGCGGACUCAGCUUCUUGCCCACCAGGCCAAGAAGGGCGGCCCUGGUGAUGAUGCCGCAGCCUAUCUGUCCAUCUGGCAGGUGGCCAUGGCCUCCUGCACGUCCAAGGUCAUCGCCUCCUCCCUGACAUAUCCGCAUGAGGUCCUGCGCACCCGAAUCCAGAUUUCUUCGCACCUUGGUGGCCUCUAUGAUGGUGGCCUCUUCCGCGCGGCGGCGACCGUCAUCAAUGAGGAGGGCUUCUCGGCGCUAUAUCGCGGCCUCGGAGCAAACCUCAUGCGUGUGGUGCCCUCGGCUACCAUCACCCUCGUGGCCUAUGAGGUUCUGUCCGGUCGGCUCUGGUCCAAUGUCUAGUCGACCAAUGCCCCCCCCCCCCCCCCCUCUUCGCCGUCGUCUUUGUGACGUGUCCUGUCCUUGCAGUCUCCCUCCACCUAUGCUCUUUCUUCCUCCCUCCGCCCCCUCUCUCUCCCCUUCUUCCCCGUGCCGCCGCUAGCGCACCCCUGUCCUUGCUUUUUCCCCCUCCCUUCCCCUCCUGAGUUUUACUCCUUGUAGAAAGUCCCCCCUCACUGAAAUAUAGAUGCCUCAUGGUCA